AUGGAGUCUAACAAUCCCUCGGCACAGGUGAAGAACAAGCAAAUCUACGAAGACAUCCAGAGUGCAAAGCGCAAGGCUGAGGAGCAAUUGCGCCUGCUGGAGUUGCAAGAACGAAGCUUGCAGAUGGGAGCCAGCAGUCAUGACCUUGAGCGUAUCUCUACCCGCCUCAAUCGAAUCAGCCUGAACGGUCCUGUUAGCGAGCCGACUACUCCUCCCGAGUAUGCAGAGAGCGGAUUCAGCAAUCGCUUCUCACGCUCUAGCCGCCUUUCCAUGAACAGCAUCAUGUCUCCUCCAGGUCUGAGCAAUCGCUUUUCUCAGUCCAGCUCUCAGAUCACCUCCCCUCCUGUAAACCGUCUAUCAGGCAACGGUAUUUACGGUCAACCGGACAAGCCUGCUGCCAAAUCGGUCCCUGGAUCUCGUCGUGGAUCUGACGAAGACGAGUACUACUCCGAGGAUAUGCAUACCACACGUGCUGCUGCUACCUUGAAUCGAUUUUCUAUGCCAGUCAACAGUAAUAGGCAAGCUCAGCGGAUGAGCAUGAGCGGAGUGGCAUCGGGCAAUUCAUUUGGGUUGGCAAACACUACCAGCUUUCUCUUCGAAGACGAAGACGACAAGCACCUUUCUCUCAACGCCAUUGACUUGAAGUCUCCGGUCGCAAAAGCAUUCGCGCAGCUUGAAGGUGACGACACGUUUCCCACUUUGACGAGUGACGGUCUCAAGCUUUCAGCCAACUCGGCCGCUCUUGACCUUGCCAACUCGAAGACUCCAGACCUCGACUGGACUCUCGGAUCUCGCUACCGUCCUGCUCACCAGAGCAUGCCGCAUACCGAUUCCUCCAUGUACCGCCCAGUCCUUAGCAACCUGAAUAUCAACAGUCCUGCUACCGAUCGCCCAGCCGAUCUAUCACGUCGCAAAUCGCAACGCCAUUCUAUGGGAGUGACUUUCGAGGAGAACUCACCUCAACCGUCAGCUCUACCUGUAUCUCGUCCUACCUCUCUGCAGACAUCGUAUUCCACCAACGACGUUCCUACUGUCAGAAAGUCCCUCAAUCUAGACUCGGCGUCUACACCAUCCAAGGCGCAGGCUGAUCAGCAAUUCCACAACCACAACGUCAGUCUCGGCCGUGUCCCUGCCAGCGCAAUGAGCAACCGUCAGAGCCGCGACUUCACCAACGGAUCUGUCAAGAUGGAGGACAAGGUGAACGGAUCUAUGUCGAACUUGCAUGCCAGCGCUGCGCCGUUCAGCACAGCUGUCACCGUAUCUGAUUCGAGCAUGACGGCCUGUCCACCACCGCAGGCUUAUCCUUACAACAUGCAGACCUUCAAUGUCAGCCAGAUGAACCCACAGGCCCGCUUGGGAGGUGGUAGUCAGGGUUAUGGCCAGGAUCAAGUCAUUCUCGGUAUUGGCAACGGCAUCACUGCUCCUGCUGUGCGUGCAACUGGCGCACGUCGCAACCAUGCCGACGAAGCUCGCUUCAACAAUGUACCACUUGAGACUUACCGCGGCGCCCUGUACGAGCUUUGCAAAGAUCAGCAUGGCUGUCGCUACCUCCAACGCAAGCUUGAAGAUGGUAACGAGGACCACAUCCAGUCUAUCUUCAUCGAGACUUGCCCUCAUAUCAUUGAGUUGAUGACUGAUCCUUUCGGCAACUAUCUCUGUCAGAAGCUUUUUGAGUAUUGCAACGACGAACAGCGUACUGCCUUGAUCAAUACUGCAGCUCCUGCUCUGACCACCAUUGCUCUCAACCAACAUGGUACCCGUGCACUCCAGAAGAUGAUCGAGUUCGUCCGCACUCCAGAACAAGUCGACACCAUCAUCCGAGCACUCUCUGGCCGUGUGGUUGACCUUGUCCAAGACCUCAACGGCAACCACGUUGUGCAGAAGUGUCUUACUCGGCUCGGGGCUGAGCGCUCGCAGUUCAUCUAUGAGGCGGUGGGCAAGUACUGCGUAGUGGUUGGUACUCAUCGUCAUGGAUGUUGUGUUCUCCAACGUUGCAUCGACCAUGCUCAAGGCUUCCAGCGUGCCCAGCUCAUUUCCAGAAUCACUCAUUGUGCUUUUGACCUGGUUCAGGACCCAUUCGGCAACUAUGUUGUUCAAUACAUUCUUGACCUGGACGAGGUUGCGUUCACCAAGCCGCUCUGCGAGAGCUUUUAUGGCCGGAUCCCAGCUUUGUCGAAGCAGAAAUUCAGCUCCAAUGUGAUUGAGAAGUGCUUGCGCACCUCGGAUCCCGAAACUAAGCGACGAAUGAUCGAGGAGAUGCUUGUCGGCAGUGAGCUCGAAAAGAUGCUUCGCGACGCAUUUGCCAAUUAUGUUGUCCAGACUGCGAUGGACUUCGCUGACCCACAGACCAAGAUGCGUCUGGUCGAUGCCAUUCGUCCCAUCCUUCCGCUCAUCAAGCAGACUCCCCACGGACGACGCAUCGCCGGCAAGAUUCUUGGUAACGAAGCACCAGUCCGCGCAGCCCCAAUUGGCAACGACAGUCUUCUCGCCAGCUUCAGUGGAGGCCGUGCGAACAGUCGUCGCAAUGUUCAAAUUGUGGGCGGCGGUUUCAACACCAUGCGCAGCCCCAAUGGUUACGGAUCUGGUGACAUGGCCAAUGAGAGCAUGUCUUCUACUGGCAACACUUACGGAAUGAUACAACAGACCGGAGGUGCAGGCGCCCACGAUACCAAUGCCAACAUGUACAAUGCGCGCAACUUUGCAAACGAAAUUGGACAGACCGGCUAUUCUGGCUUCAUGAACGGAGCAGUUGGCGGUCCCAACAAUGUCCUCUGA